AAAGAACGCACCGGUGUUUCAUUUGAGUUUCAGCGCUGAACCGGGCAACAAUCUUUCACUCCUCCGCUCUGCGUCGCUCGAUACCGUCGCGACAUCUACCGUACAUAUCGAUCUAGCCGUACAACUAGAGCAGAUUGAAAGUGUUUUCCCCGAAUAGAGAAAGAGAGAUUGAGAGCAUAGAGAAAAACUCGACAAGUUUUAUAACCAUUAAUGAUUAAUCCAAAGAGUGUGUCCCGUGCCGCAUGAUUACCGUGUGAUCGACCCUCGAAUCGAAUUCAUUCGAGUUCGGAAAAUUAAUUGCACAAAUAUGAGAAUCAAUAUCAAUACGCGUAUGCUAAUGAUGAUUAUGCCUCAUUUAUAGUGCGUUAAUUGAACGUGAAAUUGCCAUAGAAAUAUACGUAAUAAUAAUUCGCAUAACAGCCCAUAACCCAAACAAAUAGUUCGAAUACCCAAUCUCUAAGUGAGUGUUUUGUGAGACGCAGUGUGAGUCGCAGAGUCGCAGCAACAAACAACAAACAAAUAAUGGAUAUAAGCUAUAUCUUUGUGAUCUCCCUGAUGCUGGCCCUAUGCAGCAGCCAGGCCGAGAGCAAACAAAAGUCUGGACGGGGCCGAGGCUCCAUGUGGUGGGGCAUUGCCAAGGUCGGCGAACCGAACAAUAUGUCACCCAUCACCACUGGCAUUAUGUACAUGGAUCCCGCCAUACACUCCACACUGCGGAGGAAACAGCGUCGCUUGGUGCGAGACAAUCCGGGUGUGCUGGGAGCCCUCGUCAAGGGUGCCAAUCUGGCCAUCAGCGAGUGCCAGCAUCAGUUCCGCAAUCGACGAUGGAACUGCUCCACCAGGAACUUCCUGAGAGGCAAAAAUCUCUUCGGCAAGAUUGUGGAUCGAGGCUGCCGCGAGACGGGCUUUAUCUAUGCCAUCACCAGCGCCGCGGUGACCCACUCGAUAGCCCGGGCCUGCAGCGAGGGCACCAUCGAGUCCUGCACCUGCGACUACAGCCACCAGUCGCGCUCCCCGCAGGCCAACCAUCAGGCGGGCAGCGUGGCCGGUGUCCGGGACUGGGAGUGGGGCGGCUGCUCCGACAACAUUGGAUUCGGCUUCAAGUUCUCCCGCGAGUUCGUAGACACUGGCGAGCGUGGACGCAAUCUGCGCGAGAAGAUGAAUCUCCACAACAACGAGGCGGGCCGAGCGCAUGUCCAGGCUGAGAUGCGGCAGGAGUGCAAAUGCCACGGCAUGUCCGGCUCGUGUACGGUGAAGACCUGCUGGAUGCGUCUCGCCAAUUUCCGUGUCAUCGGUGACAAUCUGAAGGCACGCUUCGACGGCGCCACCCGUGUCCAGGUCAGCAACAGUCUCCGGCAGAGUGCCAACGCCGUUGCCGUAGUCAGCCCGAAUGCGGCGGGCUCCAACUCCGGCGGUUCCAAUGGCCUGCUGCAGUCUGCAGUCAGCGUCUACGAGGAUGAGGAGCGCAUGCUGAACGAUCACAUGCCCGAUCUGCUGCUGGACAACACUCAUCUGAGCAGCAAGAUUCACCAUCCAAAUAUGCCAUCGCCAAACAGUUUACCCAUAGCGGGAGCAAGAGCCAGAAACGGACGUCGACAGGGUCGCAAACAUAAUAGAUAUCACUUCCAGUUGAAUCCACACAAUCCGGAGCACAAGCCACCUGGCUCCAAGGACAUUGUCUACCUGGAGCCAUCGCCCAGCUUCUGCGAGAAGAAUCUGAGACACGGCAUACUGGGCACUCAUGGCCGGCAGUGCAAUGAGACCUCUCUGGGUGUCGAUGGCUGUGGCCUGAUGUGCUGCGGGCGUGGCUACCGAAGAGAUGAGGUCGUCGUCGUGGAGCGAUGCGCCUGCACCUUCCACUGGUGUUGCGAGGUCAAGUGCAAGCUGUGUCGAACCAAGAAGGUCAUCUACACGUGUCUAUAAGUAGUUCCCACCCAACCCCACCAUCCAUCCUCAUUCUAGGUAUCUAAAUCCACUCCCUCUUUUCUAUGUACGUGUUAUGUAUUUUGUCUACGCUUAGCCUUUGUUAUUAGCCACUUAAGAGCCUAGACUGUAGCCUAGUUAAAGAUACAGCUACCAAGCCCCCACCACCACACUCUCUCCAACCCCUACAUCAUGUUUAACUCUUACUUUUGAUAGCAGUAUUACGGGAGGAAUCAAUGAAUAGAUUUCAUGAGGAAUACAACUUAUGUUUGCCCAGUUCUUAGUUAUGUAAGCCAGCAAAUUAUUUUGUAAAUUACAAUUGCUGCACGUCCAUCCCAUCCCAUCCCAUCCCUUAGUCUAGGGUUUAAUUUUAGUUUAGCUUAAAGUUUUACUAGCGCGUCCCCCUCCCUCUAGCCCCUCUACAAAUCUUUGCUCUUUCUUUCUCUGAACGAAAAAAAGUUUUAAAUCAUUUUUAAAUCAUCGAAAAACAAGACUGAACAAAUUCAACAUCGCGCCGCUCUCCCUCCGUCGUCUAUAUCUUUCGAAAAUCGAAUAUUGCUUCCAUGCUGCUUUGGCCGGGCUCAAAGCGGAUGGAAAGCGGGAAUAGAUCAGAAAUCAUUUAGCAAGUAAGCGAA